AUGAGCGAAGAGGUUAUUAACAGCACCACCGUAACGAAUUUCAUUGACGACAAAGAUGGCUUUGACAAAUUUGUCCAGGAAUGUUUCGACAUGGUGGACGAAAAUGGGGACGACAUGCUUUCCCUUGAGGAAGUACGUGGUGGAUUCCGAAAGCUUUUGCCAUUCGGUUCGGAGUCACAACCAAUGAAGCCAAUGGAUGAGGGCAUGUUGAAGUUAAUAUUCGAGAGGUUCGACCAGGAUAAAAACGGAAAACUCGAUAUAACGGAGUUUAAGUCAUUGAUGACGGAGAUCAUGAACGCCGUAGCCCGUGGGAUUGAUGGAUUUCCAAUCAUUGUCAAUCUUGAGAAAGAUAGCAUGCUGAUGAACGCAAUUCAACAUGAAUUGGUCACACAAUCAUCAUCUAAGUAA